CUGUAUUACAACUGGUGCUAGCCGUGCGCCACGAGGAAAGGUUACAUCGUGCGGCAAUAAGGAAAAGGAUCAUGUCGGAGCUUGGCAUCGAUAUCUGAUAAUUCUUCCGCCUCUAUAGCUGAGCUGUGCUGUUCGUUGUCUUUUUUAGCGAUCAAGUCCUAAAGCUCGACUCACGCAUUCACGACAAAUCGAUUGACAAUGGCAGAGCGCUCGUACCUUUCUCGCUUUUUCUCUUCCCAGUUUUCAAAGCUCCCAUACCCUACGCAGAGCUUCAAGGAUGCCGUAAUCCUAGUGACGGGGGGGAAUACCGGGCUCGGGCUGGAGGCCGCGCGACACUUCGUGCGGCUACAAGCGGCCACAGUUAUCCUGGCUGUCCGCGACGUGAAAAAGGGUGAGCAGGCGAAGCAGUCCAUUGAGGCGUCCACCAAAGUACAAGGCGUCGUCGAGGUCUGGCCGCUGGAUCUAGAAGAUGUCCGCGGCGUUAGAAGCCUGGCCGCCAAGGCGUCCGGUCUCCCCCGUCUGGACGUGGUAGUUGCAAAUGCAGGUAUCUCAACCAACAAAUGGACACUCGUUGGCGAAGAGGAACGAACCAUCCAGGUGAAUGUCCUCUCAACGUUUCUUUUGAUCCUGUCGCUCUUGCCGAAGAUGCAAGAGCCAGACACGGCGGGCCGGACCCGUGCGUAUCCCCGCGUUGUGGUGGUCUCCAGCGAGGGACAUGAGACGACGGCUUUCGCAGAGCAGAAAGCCGCGCGGAUUUUCGACGCACUAAGGGAUCAGAAGCAGGCGAACAUGGAUGAACGCUACGAUACAUCCAAACUUAUCCAGCUCUACCUCGUGCGUGCCCUUGCAGAGCGUCUCAGCCAACCCGACAAACGCCCGGUCAUACUCAACGCCGUGUCGCCGGGAUUAUGCAAAACUGGGCUUCUCCGCGAGACUCCGCUUGUGGCUCAGCUUCUGACAGGUCCCAUUAUGGCUGUCCUUGCUCGCAGUGCAGAGGAGGGCAGCCGGACAUUGGUUCACGCCGCUGCGGCUGACGACGGUGAGAGGAAUGGAAAGUACCUGCGUGACUGUAAAGUGACUGAACCUGCAGCGUUUGUACGCAGCCAAGAAGGCCGCGCCACGCAAGAGCGAUUGUUUCAGGAGCUUUUAGACGAGCUGGAGAAGGUUUUCCCUGGAAUCGGGAAGAAUAUCUGAGCCCCCAGUGAAUUUGUACGUAAUUGCUAUGUAAAUUGAUUGAUUUGAUAUCUUGAUUGUUCUGUGGUAGCUACAGCGAGACGCCCGCUAUAGUCAACUAAUAGUAUUCAC